AUGAACCUCGGAGCGCGUGUCAUGCUUGGAAAGGAGAGAUGGUUAAUUACCCUCUGCCAGAAGCUGGUCACGUCCACGACGACACCCCAUACGGUGACUACCACCCCCAUUAUCGCGUUACCGAGGGCCGAUCACAAGCACAAGCACCAUUUGCAAGAGAUUGGAUCAGGACCGGAGAAAGAAGUCUUAUAG